UGGAGUCAAUCAGCUGAUGAUGAGGCUGAUUGGGCGGUUCUUGAGGACCAGCGUUGAGUUGUUUCUCCUCCGUCACACGCGAGGACCACAAACAUCCAACAUGACGCCUUUUGGACUGAUCGCUGUGUUUUUACUUCUCUGUAUUGAUCUGGGAAUUUCCAGGACGUAUCACCCGAAACCGUCCUGCCGUUACCCGCCGUCUCAGUGGUGUCGGUCCCUGGAGAUCGCGAUAGCAUGCAACGUCCAGAAACAGUGUAUGGAGGUGAAUGCUACCAGACCAAAUCAGGCGGUUCCUCCAGUAUCGGUCACUCUGUACUAUGAGAGUUUGUGUCCAGACUGCAGAGUCUUCAUCACCCAGCAGCUCUUCCCCACCUGGACAAUGCUACAGGACAUAAUGACAGUCACUUUGGUCCCCUACGGGAACGCCAGGGAAAACCCGUCAGCAGAUUCUCCCUUCACCUGCCAGCACGGAGAGCCUGAAUGCAGAGGAAACCUGAUUGAGGCGUGCAUGAUCCAUUUGACGGGACCCUCAGCCUUUCAGAUCAUCUACUGCAUGGAGUCUGCUGAAAAUGUUCUCAACGCUGCCCAGCCUUGUCUCCAGUUGUAUGCUCCCUCGGUCUUAUGGUCGAGUGUGGACUCCUGUUUGAGGGGAGCUCUGGGACGCCAGCUGAUGCACGCCAACGCUGUCAUGACCAGAGCGCUGCACCCGGCUCACACGCAUGUCCCCUGGGUCACCGUCAACGGGGAAUACACAGAGGAGAAUGAGGACACGGUGUUGUCGUCUCUCUUCCACUUUGUUUGCGAACUGUACAAGGGGGUGAAGCCUCCGGUCUGUAAUGGCGCUCCAGUCAGAUUGAACAGAAGUUUCUGCUGAACACAACAAACUAACAUGUAGCACGAUGUGGGUGUGAGAUUGGAUUUAAAAGUGGAAUAAGUUUUGAAAUGUGUAGUUAUGUAAUAAUAUACAUUUAAAUAACCGUUUGCUUUUAUAGUCUAAUGACAUAAUAAACACUCAACAACCAGUCUGAAUAGAUUUCCAUAUUUAUUGGCAUUUUUCA